AUGAGUUUUGGACUUCCUUCUUUAAAAGUCAAACCUGAGAAUGCCGGGAACAUCACAGUUCAAGAAGGUCCCUUCGGAAUACCUAAUCCAAUGGUGGCUGGGCUUUCAGCCACGAAAAAUAAAUUAGGCAUGUCCCAUCCGUUACAAGCUUCGGAACAGAAUUAUCAUCUCAAUGAAGAAAAAAUGAAUAUGGCUAUGCUUCGGAAUAUUCAAGGUCUUCAUGCACCUAUGAAGCUUACAAUGGAAAGAAAGUUUGCGAGUAAGGUUGGCCACCUUCCUUUCCUUACCAGCUCCAAUCUCCAGCAUGAUGUAUUCACUGGCAGAUAUCUUGAUAUUGGUUUUGAAGAUAUUCUCAAUACUCCUGAAUUCCGUGAAGUCAGCGGACAGCCUCAUGCUGUUGUUGAAAAAUCUCUAGGCGUGCUU